GGGAAGGAAAGAGAGAGAAAGCCACUGGAGUUGGGUAGCGUGGGAAGCUGUGAAAGUGGACAAGCAUAAAGAGCUUCCAAGGAGUAGAAACAGCAGGAGCAAAGAUGUGAACAUGGGAAAACCUCCACAGUAUCUGGGUGACUGUGGAGUUUGGCUCUGUUUGAGCACCCGGGGAUGACUGCUGGUGGUGUGUGGCUGAAGGUGAAUGGGAACAGUGCAUUCAGCAACCAGGCUGCAAGAGUGCUGCAUGCCCCUUAGGAAUUGGCUCCGGCCAAGUGCCCUGGCCUCCUUUCCUGGAGCAUUUUGGUUUUGACUUGGGCCCCAUGUCCAGUUCUGCCCUGACUUGUGGGUCCACCUUGGAAAAGUCAGGAGACACCUGGGAAAUGAAGGCACUAGACUCUUCCAGACUCGUUCCAUGGCCACCCAGAGGCCUUGGGUCAUCUACCCAACAUCCCAAAAAACCCAACUGUGCACUGGCCUCAUGCCAGGGGCCAGAUGUUCUGCCAGGAGCAGCCUCUGCCCUCCCAGAGCUGACAUUUCAGGGAGAUGUGCGCCAAAGCGAGACCUGUCAGAGAUAUUUACAAACAGCCAUCUCUCUUGACAUCGCUGCACCCCAAAUAAAUCUUCUGGGAAGACCCUCUUCACCUCCAGCUCUCCUGAUACAGCAAGACAGUUGUGAACAAGUUAUUUAUAACUCUAUACCUCAAUUUCCUGGUAUGGAAGAUGGGGAUAAUGAGAGGACCUGUGCCACAGGAUGGUUGUGGAGACUGUAUGAGGAUAUAGGUGCUGAGCCCAGUGGCACAGGGUACAGCCGUUCAAACCAACUGACAUUUAUUGAGGGCUGCUUUGUCAGGUCCCUCUCUACAGUAUACUCCAACACACACAAACACACACAGCUGUAAUCAGUGAGAAUCCUGCAACAUCUGAGAGUCUGGCAGCUUUUGUCUGGGCCUUUGCACAUGCUAUGCCCUCCCUUCCAUCCCCCACCGGGGGUGACUCAUAGCCAUCCCUUUCUGCAUCUCGUCAGAUAUCACUUUUUCCAAGAAGCCUCCCUGUCGCACCAUUUCCCCAAUAUCACAGAUGAAGGAAAAAAGACUCAGAAAGGUUAAGUUACUGGCACAAGGUCACACAAUCCAGAUCUCAUACUCUUAGCCCCCUAGGAACCUUACACUGUAUUAAAUGACAUCAAUUGAUCAAUUAAUGGAAAGAGUGGGACGCAUGCAUCUCCUGAUCCCCGAUCCUAUACAUUUUCAUCUCUUUGUUGUUUCUAUCAAAGCCUGCUAAGUAACUACUUUUCCUCUAGGUGAGUGCCACUAGGUGAUGAGGUGAGGUAAUCAAAUGACACAAAAGAGGAAGGAGUCCACCACCAGGGUAGGUGCAGUGGAGCAAGUCUUACAAUGUGCAGGAUUAUAACUCCAGCAAUGACCCCUAGGCUCAUGCUCAUUCCCCAGGUGGCAGUUUCAGAACACAUUGCUCAGGUCUCACCCUGUAAAGGUAGGUACCAACCUUCUAGUAAGCCAUCAGAACACACAAUGCCAAGAUCUUACUCCAGCCACCUGCCAGGACCUGGGGGGCAGGAGGAGAGUUCUCCCUACAUUGUCUCAUUUUCCCUCCCCUUCUGCAGUGAGAUAGACCAUGUCCAGUGCUCAAGAGUUGACUGGCCACACUGGGGAGUUUGACCACAACCUUGGGCUCCAUAUGCAUGGAAUGAGGUUGCCUGCAAUUGUCCAUGAGGCUGCUCCCUCAUUUGUCUGGGUUUAUGCUCCAGUGCUAUCUCCUCAGAGACCUUCUCUGACCAAAGCCAGCUCUGCCUCCAUCCCAUCACUCUGGAUCUCCUUCCCCAGCUUCAUCUCCAUUACACUGGCCACUCUCCCUCACAUCUUAUUGCUGAUCUAGUUGUCUGCUGUCCAUCUCCACCACUGGGAUGUAAACUCCACAAGGGAGGAAUGCUGUCAGUUUCCUUGACUGCUGUGUGGUCAGUACCAGGGCAAUGCCUGGCACAGAGUAGCCCUCUCUCCCUAAAUGUUUUUGAAUAAAUGAAAAAAAUGAGC